CUUCACCCACAGGAAGCCCAGACACCCUCUGUCUCUAGAUGCUGCUGCCACCGCUGCUGCUGCUCCUGCUAUGGGCAGGGUCCCAGGCUCAGGAUGAAAGAUACUGGCUGCAAGUGCAGGAGUCACUGACAGUGCAGGAGGGCCUGUGUGUAUACGUGCCCUGCAAAUUCUCCAAACCCACGAGCUACUUGCCUAACCCUGUUCAUGGCUACUGGUUCCGGGGAAGGGCCCACAUAUAUUUGGAUGCUCCAGUGGCCACAAACAACCCAGAUUGAAAAGUACAGAAGGAGACCCAGGACCGAUUCCGCCUCCUUGGAGACCCUCGGGACCAUGACUGCUCCCUGGACAUCAGAGAUGCACAGAGAAGGGACUCCGGGACGUACGUCUUUAGGGUGGAGACAGGGAUUAAUAUAAGGUAUAGUUACAAACAGAAUCAGCUCUCUGUGCGUGUGACAGCCCUCACCCACACACCUGACAUCCUCAUCCCUGAGACCUUGGAGUGUGGACACCCCAAGAACCUGACCUGCUCUGUGCCCUGGGCCUGUGAGCAGGGCACGCCCCCCAUCUUCUCCUGGAUGUCAGUGGCUCUCACCUCCCUGGGCCCCAGGACCCACCUCUCCUCAGUGCUCACCCUCACCCCACGGCCCCAGGACCAUGGUACCAACCUCACCUGUCAGGUGAAGUUCCCUGCAGCUGGUGUGAUGGUGGAAAGGACCGUCCAGCUCAGUGUCACCUGUGCCACACAGAACUCGACAGCUGAUGUCUGCCUAGUGGAUGACAAAGGGAACCUGGAGACCAUGGCAGGAAUGAUUAAAGGUGCCAUUUGGGGAGCUGGUGUCACCACGCUGCUUGCUCUCUGCCUCUGCCUCAUCUUCUUUGGAGUGAAGACCUGUAGGAAGACAGCAUCCCGGAGAGCAGCGGGCGUGGACGGCAUCCACUCAGUUGUAGGGCCAGCUCCCCUGGGUUACCAGCAGGAGUCUGAGCCAGAACUGCUUGCUGAGCCCACGAGCUCUGCAGGGGUGCCCCCCACCUUGGAAAUGGAGGAGGAGCUGCAUUAUGCCUCCAUCAGCUUUCACAAGAUGAAGGAGAACACUGCACAGAAUAUUCAGAGGUCAAUACAAAGUGACAAACCACCUGGAGCAAACAGCCUCAGAGGGAGCGUCCAUAUCCUCUAGGAAGGGGGACCCAAAGGCUGGUUCUUGGAGACUUAACAUCCCCAUAGGCAAUGGACUUAUAAACUACUAUAUGUGAGUUUCUUGCUGUAUUGGAACUAAGGCUUUGCAAUCAGAGAGGCCUGGCAUGGAUUCAAGGCUCUUUCAUUUGUUAGCACUAUGAUGUCAGGCAAGCCACCUUACUCCUCCAUGUCUCAGUUUUCUGCUUUACAAAAUGGAUGUAAGGGCUUCCAUGAGGAUUAAAGUGCAUAUGGAAAACACACAGCACAAA